GAGGAGGAGGAGGAGGAGCAGGAAAAGAAAAAGCCACCAACUACUGAGAAGGGCCAGGAAAAGGGUGGCAAGGAGAAGACGAACAAGAAGGAUGACCGGAAAAAUGAUAGGAAGGAGAAGGGUGGCAAGGAUGACGGGCAGGGUGGCAAGGAGAAGAAGGAUGGCAAGGAUGAGGGGAAGGAUAGCAAGGAGAAGGGUGGCAAGGAGGUGGGGAAGGAUGGCAAGGAGAAGGGGAAGGAUGUCAAGGAGAAGUGUGGCAAGGGCGAUGCAAAGGGUGCCAAGAAGGCCAAGAAAGAGAAGGCUAUGAAGGAGGAGGCGAACAAGGUUAGCAAGGAAGACAAGAAGGAUAGUAGCGAAGAAAAGAAAGCAAAGAAAGCAAAGAAGAGCGAUGGCAAGACCAAGACAGAUGAAUCAAGCAGCAAGGCGAAGGGCAGAAAGGCAGAUGCGAUGGGUGAGGUGGGUGCAGAUGCUGAAAAGAAGCCAAGGACAGAAAAGCGUGGCAAGAAGCGUGAGGCAGAAGAUGAGGGUACCAACUCAAAGCUUGCUGAGGCAGAAAAGAGAACCAUCAACAGCAGCACCCACCACAAAGAGUGGCAAGCAUACAAAAGGUGGAUCAAGAACAAGAAGAGGUUCCCAGCUUCCUUGGCAACCCGGGUUCAAUCCGAAGAAGGGCGCAAUAGCCUUUUCAAAGACUAUGUGGAGAACGAGGGGGACACAGCAAAGAUUACCGCCAAACACCUUCAAUCGCUAGAGGAAAAGUCCAGCAAUGAGUGCAGGUAUGGCUUCCGUUCGGAGAAGUGGAUCCAUGACCAGCACGGCACUGACAAGGGCAACAAAAUCAUUCAACGAAAGAAGGAGCAGGGACUCUAUGUGGAGGACCCGGAGUGCCCAGGGGAGAACCUCUGGUUUGUUCUGAUCAGUUUGGAUGUCUCCAACGUCCAGCAGUUCAAGAAGAUUACGUCUAUGGAAAUUUCAGGGGCUGCUUCGCCUGAAGUCUUGAAAGCGUUCACGGACCAAGGUGGGGUGCUCUCAGGAGAAGGCCUGAAAGGUGCGACAACAAGUGAUGGUGCCAUGAAGAAGGCUGUUGGCUUCAUGCAGACCGCGUGCGGUGGAUCAGGCAAGAAACCGCGGAAACCCAAAGGAGGUGACAACAAAGAGGAGGAUGGCAAAGGAGGUGAAAAGGUGGUGGCAAAGACUUGGGAGGAAAAAGCGGGUGCGCUCAUCACCAAAAUUCUUCGGGAUGCCAACACAUGCAGGGACAACGCUUUCAAGUUGAAGCCUCUGGAAAUGAGUUCAGAGCUCAUCAAACACUUGAAGGCAGUGGAGAUCCAGCUACAACGUGCAGCAUCUAAGUUGCAAGACCUUGUCAACAAAGGCUGCAAGAAGGGCAAGCACUACCAACCAAUCGUGGAUGAGGUGGACCAGCUUACGCAACUUGCCAAAGAGAAGAUUCAACUCGCCAAGGCGUUAGUCCGUGCGGCGGAGAAUGCCAAAAAGACUGACAAGAAAGAAGUCAAAGAGAAUGAGAAAACGGAGAAGCCUACGGCAGGGGAGAGGAAGUCUAAGGGGGCUUCCAAGACUAAGAAGUAG